AUGGCUACGAGCAACGAUUUUUUGCAGAUGUUAUCUGCAAAUACGAAAGAAACUGAGAGAACCAAGAAUGGAUUGAUUGAUAAAUAUGUGAGUUUUGGAAUUUUUUCGGAUUUCUUGAAAAUUAGCUAGAUUUCAGGGAUCAGAAGUUCUAGGGUUUUUGAAAAAUUAUUCUGGAAUUUGAUUUGAAAAAAGUUGACCUGAGCUAAUUUGAAAGGACGUGUCAAGUAACCGAGUCUAGAAAAUAUUAUUAUAGGCAAACCUAUCUACAGUAAUAUGAAUUAUUUCCUAUUCAAAAAUUGACCUACAGUAAACGUUUUGGCGUCAACCACUAAAAUCAUAACCGAAAUAUUUGCAGCAUCUCCGCCCGCUUGUUCUCCACAUUGGAUUAAUUGUCUUAUGCAUUGGCUAUGCAAUUUUCGGAGCAUUACUAUUCCUUUCAAUCGAAAGACCAGUUGAACUUGCAAAAAGAGAAAGAGCACUUUUCGAAUUCGAUUUAUUGAGAAAAGAAUUUAUUGGAAACAUAACAGAAGAUCGUAUGAAUUCUGAAUUGGCUCUAGAAUUGUAUACCAAAAAAAUGAUGAUUAUGUUUGAGGUAAACUUUACACAUUGCGACAAAACCUAUAGAAAUAUUUUUUUUUUAAUGUUCAGGAUGCGCACACAGCACACACUUUUGAAUAUCAUCACACUGACAGUAAGAUUGAGAAAGAUCUCUGGACAUUUUCAUCGGCUCUGGUGUUUACAACAACUACAGUAAUUCCAGUUGGUAAGAUUUUAGAAACUCAUAGAAGUAUGUGAAACUUUAAUUUAACAAGGUUAUGGUUAUAUUUAUCCAAUCACAACACAUGGAAAAAUGUUGCUCAUUGUAUAUGCUUUAUUGGGUAUUCCGCUAACACUUGUAACAAUGGCUGAUACUGGAAAAUUUGCAUCUCAAUUGGUAUCUCGUUGGUUUGGUGAAUCUAUGGCAAUUCCAGCCACAUUUUUUGUUUGUCUUCUUUUUGCUUAUCCAAUGAUGGUUGGAUUUUUACUUCAUCAAACUUCGGAUAUCACGUUUUUAGAUUCAGUUUAUUUUUCAUUGACUUCGAUUUUUACUAUUGGAUUUGGUGAUUUGACGGUAAGAUUUCAUUGUUCUUCUUUUUCUUUUUGAUCCGAUUUUUCCAGCCUGAUAUAAAUGUGGUUCAAUUAGUAAUAUUUGUCACAAUCGGAGUUAUUCUAGUCACAAUUACUGUCGAUUUUGUUGCUGUUGAAUUGAUUGAUCAUGUUCAUUAUAUGGGUAGACAUGUUGGAAAAGCAAAGGAGUUGGCUGGAAAAAUGUUCCAGGUUUGUUUUGAAACAAUUUUUAUUGAUAUGAUUAUGAUCAGAGAUUUUUAGCUCGCUCAAAAUCUUAAUAUGAAAUCUGGAAUAGCAAAUGGAGUUGGGCAUUUGCAUGUUUUGGCGAGGUUUGGGAUGCUGAGUGGGGCAAUGACGAAAGAUCAGGGGAAUGGAGGAGGAGAUUCGGAUAUUGGAACGGUAUGUGUUAUUUUGAACAUUGUUUUUUUACUUACAGUAAUACUCAUAAAUUUUUUCACCCACAAGAACUUUUUUGAGAACAUUUUUUCAAGGACCCUCGUUCUUUGAACUUCCUCUCUCAUCAACUGAUUCUCCAUAGAUAAUUUCCAAAUUUCCAGCCUGAAUCUGCUACCGCAUUCGCCCCCGACUUCAUGGAAGGAAUCGAUUUUAUGGACACACUUUCAACUUACAGUCGUCGAAGUCGACAUUCAGCUGCAAAUUCGGCUCGUAACCUUUUCGUCUGUUGA